CGUUAACAAAAUUUGCAGAGAAGGACAAAAACCCGACACGGACUCAUCAGGACGAAUGCAGGAAAAGUGUCGGACCUUGUUGAGGGUGUUGACACCUUGCAACUCUAGCUGCAUAUCUUUCAGCUCAUGCUUGACCUCUACACCUCGUGUUCAAGUUCUGCACUUCAUGCUCGGCCUCUGCAGCUUGUGGUUGACCUCAGUACUCAUGGUUGACCUCGGCAACUCGUGUUUGUGCUCUGCAGCUUCAUGCUUGACCUCUGCAGCUUGUGGUUUUGCACUUCGUGGUGGACCUCUGCAGCUCGUGGCUGACCUCGGCAGCAACUUGUGUUUGAGCUUGUCAGCGCGCAGCUCAUGCUCCAGCAGGGACUUUGCUGCUCGUUAUUGUCGAACUCCCAAGGGGCUACUUGGGGCAGUGUGUAGAUGCUCUCUUCCUUCCAUGAAUGGGGAACAGGAGGCUGUUGCAAAUGUGCAUGGUGUGUUCACGGGUAAAUUCUUCACGCCUCCAAAUGGUUCGGUGAUGCGACGUGGGCGGUUGAAUGCCUCUGCUCUCAACCGAGCAUGAGAUGAGACUGCUGGCUUCUCAAAGCAACAUGUGUUUUCCCAGUAGUGGUUUAACUGUCAUCUUGAAGGGUGGUGUCCAAUCCCUCCCGAGCUUCCAUCUUUAACACUACCAUCAGCUUUUUCUAUCAUUGGAACCAUAGAUUUUUGCUCC